AUGGGGGCGCAGAUGGCAGCAGCAGCAAAUGCAGCAGCAGCAGCAGCUGCUGCUGCUGACGGUGCUGCAGCUGCUGCUGCGCUGCAGGGAGCCACGGGCGCCAACACCACUCCCCUGGGGGCGCAGCAGCCUGCUGCUGCUCCUGCUGCAGCAGCAGCUCCUGCUGCAGUUUCGCCGCAGCAGCAAACGCCGCCGCAGCAGUCCCCGCCGCAGCAGUCGCCGCAGCAGCAGCAAGCGGGAGGUGAUGCAGCAGCAGCAGCAGCAGCAGCAGCAGCACCUGCUGCUGCAGCAGCAGCACCAGCCCCUUUCCCAGAAAAGCCCAGCGGAGUUCCCGGCAGCAGCAGCAUUUUGCUGCUGACGAAUACUGUUGCUGCAGAAGAAGUGGAUGACGAUCUAAAGGAAGAGGUGAUUAAAUAA